AUGAUGCUAAAGCUACGUGAUGACUUCGAGUCAAAAAACAAGGGCUUACAAGCUUUUCGUGGGCUUGAGGCGGCCGGUGCCCUAACAAUCUGCAAAUUGGUGUUCCGCGGCGUUAUCCAGGAGACGUGGACACACCUGCGUUGCCUGCCAAUGCUAAACGCAGAAAAUUUAGUCUAUUCUUCGCAUGCAUGUCCAAGCCGUGGAAACAUGGGUGCUAUUUACCGCCAUCAACGCUAUGGAAGAGGGUGGGACGUAAACGACGGUGAUGGAGGUGCUGCUCAUAUUCCGUGCAUGCAUUGUCGAGCAGAUUAUGAGUUGAUCCUGUUUGUCCACCUCUUUGACUGA